CGCCAGUCCCGGACCUGAAGGCUUAGAUAAAGACCUGAAGCAGCGCUGCACCCUGGGACACAGUGACUGGGACUUUACCCUGAGAGACACUUUAUUCAUAAACCUUUGAGGACGCUUCUGGAUCAUUUUUAACCGGAUUACUGGAAUCAUGAAGUCCCCAAAGCUGAAACCUCAAGCCAAGUUCAUCAACGAGGAGGAUCUGAACGACGUGCUCUGCGAGUUCGACGCGGUGAUCGAAGACUUCACGUCGCCGGUGGAAAAGCGACACUUCAGGUACGACGAACACCUGAAGACCAUGAAGAGGAGGAGCAGCGCCAGCGUCAGCGACAGCGGCAUCAGCGACACGGAGAGUGCCGAGUCUCUCAACAGAAACAGCUUCAGCUUCAGCGAUGAGAGACUGAACUCGCCCACCAUGCUCUCCCCCACCACCUCCACCUCACCUCCCCUUAUGUCACCAAAACCCAAACUGGGCGACACUAAAGAACUGGAGGACUUCAUCGCCGACCUGGACAGGACAUUAGAGAGCAUGUGACACAGAGGUUCACAGUCAUCUUGGAGCCUAGCCAUGAGGGAAGGAGGGAGUGGAAGUCUGGAGGACCCCCCAUUGAACAGUUAACGUGCACCUGCCCCCCCCCCC